GGAGCUGGCAGCGGGUGGCCAGCCGGGUGCAGCGGCGGAGCCCGGGCCGGGCCGGGCCCACGGGCGGACCGGUUCCUGAUUUGAGAUGAAACCAUGAAGAGAAAAUAAAAGACACCAUAAUGCUUUUCCGCAAUCGCUUCUUGCUGCUGCUGGCCCUGGCUGCCCUGCUGGCUUUCUGAGCCUCAGCCUGCAGUUCUUCCACCUGAUCCCCGUGUCAGCAGCUAAGGAUGGAGUGAGCAGCAAGAGUCGCAAGCGACUCAUGCCCAACCCGGUGACGGAGCCCCCUGUGACGGACCCAGUCUAUGAAGCGCUUCUGUAUUGCAACAUCCCAAGUAUGGCCGAGCGCAGCAUGGAAGGUCACGCCCCCCAUCACUUUAAGCUGGUCUCUGUGCACGUGUUCAUCCGCCACGGAGACAGGUACCCGCUGUACACCAUUCCCAAAACAAAGCGGCCAGAAGUUGACUGUACUCUGGUGGCUAACAGGAAACCCUACCACCCCAAACUGGAAGCUUUUGUUAGCCACAUGGCAAAGGGACCUGGAGCCUCCUUUGAAAGCCCCUUAAACUCCCUGCCUCUCUACCCCAACCACCCGCUCUGUGAAAUGGGAGAGCUCACGCAGACAGGAGUCGUACAGCACUUGCAGAAUGGCCAGCUGCUGAGGGACAUCUACCUAAAGAAACACAAACUCCUGCCCCAUAACUGGUCCACAGAGCAGCUGUACUUGGAGACCACGGGGAAGAGCCGCACCCUGCAGAGCGGGCUGGCUUUGCUCUAUGGCUUCCUCCCAGAUUUUGACUGGAAGAGGAUCUACUUCAGACACCAGCCAAGUGCCCUCUUCUGCUCUGGAAGCUGCUACUGCCCGGUGAGAAACCAGUACCUGGAAAAGGAGCAGCGCCGGCAGUACCUCUUCCGGCUGAAGAAUGGCCCCCUGGACAGGACGUACGGGGACAUGGCUAGGAUCGUGGACAUCCCCAUCAAGCAGCUGCGCGCUGCCAACCCUAUCGACUCCAUGCUCUGCCACUUCUGCCACAAUGUCAGCUUCCCCUGUACCAGGAGCGGCUGCAUCGACAUGGAGCACUUCAAGGUGAUCAAGGCACACCAGCUGGACGACGAGAGGGAAAGGCGCGAGAAGAAACUGUAUUUUGGGUACUCGCUCCUGGGUGCCCACCCCAUCCUCAACCAAACCAUAGACCGGAUGCAGCGCGCCGCCCAGGGCAAGAAAGGUGAGCUCUUCACACUCUACUCUGCUCACGAUGUCACUCUGUCACCAAUUCUCAGCGCCUUGGGCCUUUCAGAAGCCAGGUUCCCCCGGUUUGCAGCCAGGCUGAUCUUUGAACUCUGGCAAGACAGAGAAAAGCCCAGGGAACACUCCGUCCGGAUCCUGUACAAUGGCGUUGACUUCACAUUCCACACCUCUUUUUGCCAGGACCACCACAAGCGGUCUCCCAAGCACAUGUGUCCCCUGGAGAAUCUGGUCCACUUUGUCAAAAGGGACAUGUUUGUGGCUCUUGAUGGCAAUAGUACUAAUUAUUAUGACGCUUGUCACAGGGAAGGGGCCUAGGGGUUGGGCACUACAGAGCCUCUGCCCUGCUCGGGGCACUGUCUCUUCGCUGAGGAAGUACCAGUGGACUUGGAGAGGCUGAAGGCUGUGAUCGCGGCUCAGAUGGUCUGGGUGAAGAGAAAACCCAUCAGUUACUCUGCACAAAAUGGUCAGGUCCCAGAGGAAAGUAAGGACCUUAUUACAGCCCGACAGUUCUUAGAAUGCCAGAAUCACUUUCGGUACCCAAAGCUGCCAAUCCAAAUUUGUAUGCUUUUAGCCUGCCAUGGAACCAGCACACGUCAGCCAACAUCUCCUUAGUCUUGGACACUUUUGACCUGGCCCUUUCUUGUUCAGUGGAAAAAAUUUCCCAAAGUGAUUGGGGGUUAGCAGGGCUGGCCGAGGGGCUCAAGUGGUAGAGCACCUGCCUCGCAAAUGUGAGGCCCUGAGUUCAAAUCCCAGUACCGCCCUAAAAUGGGAGUUAGCAAACUCUUUCUGUACAGGGAUGGAUGGUAAAUAUUUUAGACUCUGCAGACUCAAAAGCCACACACAGUGUCUGUCACAGCUACUCAACUCCGCUGUAGUAACGUGAGCAACCACAGGCCACAUGGAAAAAAGUGAGUGUGGCUGUGUUCACAGUCCGAACAAAACAGGUGGUGGCCAACUUUGGCUCAUAGGCCGUAAACAAUUUGCUAGUCCCUGAUUUUUAAAACAGGCUCUAGUACAGUUCUGUGAGGACCAGUCCUAAGAUUUAUUCUGUGGUUCCUCCAGGAACUUCCACCAGAAACAGAAUUUGGUCUGUACCUGACACGAUAGCAGAACUCGAGGGGAAGUAAACAUCGAAGAGAGCGAACCACAGACAAAUGUUAGAAUAACACUUGACGUUGGUGACGAUUGUGGUACAGGAUAGUUAUAAGUACGUUUGAUAUAUUUGUCUGUUGUGGUCUAUUUGCUGUAUAUCUGAAAUUUUUGUAUUUAGUAUUUUUAUAGUCUAGGAAAAUAUUUUCUGAGACCAGUUUUAGAUGUGCUCUUAUUUCUAGGUGAAAUUAUUCUAUUUACUGUAUCUGCUGGCUGGUUGAAAGCAGGCCAGAAACUAAAUUCAGGUACUUUUCCCAGUAAUAAUGAUGGCUCAUUCCUUUUUGACAAACCCUAGAUUUGGAUCAAUUUUUAAACCUUUUCAUCAGUUUCAAAUGGCAAAUUCCAACUGAUUUUUUAAAUAGAUUUUUAGAAGCACUUUGCUACUAGAUAGUUAAAUAAGCUUUCUAAGGGAUUUUCUAUAUUUGAAAACAUCGUAAUUAAAUCUGUGAUUUCUGAAGCAAUGGUGCUAGUUCUCGAUAAAGAAAUGUAACCUUCAAGUGUGAUUCUCCAGCCGCUGGCUUCUGACCUUCUCUCUUCCUUUCUGUGCAGUGUUGCAUUUGAACUUGUCUGUCUCUAUAAAUAAAUUUUUGAAGAAUACUUGCCCUGUACAACUAACGGCGUGUACCGUGAGACACUGGCGUUCUUUUCAAGUAAGAAACAAUAUUUUUAAACUUACCUUGACUGCUUUGUUUAAUGCUGAAAACCGUGUUCUCUCUGGAGUAUUUAAAGCCUGUUCUUG